CAUGCCUGCGCGCGCGAGUGGACUUGGAAACGGUGUUGCGGGUGUUCGUGGUUCACUUGUUGCUUCAGUUGUCGUUGUGCUUGCACCAAACAGUCUACAUAUUGAACAAAUGAUUUGGACACUGGCUCUAGGACUACUCGGUGUUAUUGGAGGGUUGCAUCCAGUAAGUGUUUGCGUGGGUCAUAUGAUUUUCGUCGUAUUAACUGAGAAGGCGAUGUUCCGUGCCCAUUCCGACGCGUGCCUCCCGCAGUCCCGAGUGGACCCGAAGUUGGUGGAGGCGAUGCUCAACGGCGAGUUGACGGACGACCAGGGCUUGAAGAGGCACGUGUACUGCGUCCUGCUCAAGUGCAAGGUAAUCAGCAAGGACGGCAAGCUGCAGAAGACGGCGGUGCUCGGCAAGAUGGCGAACAGGGCCGACGGGAAGAACGCAACCAAGGUGCUAGAGACUUGCGCAGACCAAGGCGGAGACACGCCAGAGGAUAUCGCAUGGAACAUCUUCAGGUGCGGUUACGACAAGAAGGCCGUACUAUUCGAAUACAUGCCCACUAAUAUCGCUACUGGCGAUAUGGAAAACAACUCUAAAUAAAAUGUCUUUUCACUAUCUCUUAGUCACCAGACCCUAAAUGGCAAAGUUUCUAUUCUUUUGAACGCUAUUUUUAAAAAAUCAAUUAAGCAAUUAGCGUUAAAUUAUAUCUUUUGUGUGUCUAUCAAAUUAAUGUUUGUCAUCUAUUUAUUACACACUUAAUAAAUUAAUAAUAUAUUACACUUGCUUAGACAAUAAGAAAGGAAAUGCUUUUUUUAUUUCAUUUUACAUGUAGAAAUUUAUUUAUUCACUUGACAUUGGCAGAAUUGUGCGAAAUGCGCAGAUAAGUCAUUAAUAAAAGUAGAAGAAGAAAGGAAAUUUAUUUAUUUCUAAUUAAAUAUCUCUACCAUAAAAUGGUAAUCUACGUGAAAUUGGAAGUUGUGCGAAAAUUACAUCUAAGCAUUAUGAUAUUAUAUUACGAUAUUGGCUUUUAUCGUUAAUAGCUUUUUUUGUAAGCGUUUGAACGAAUAAAAAGUUUGCCAUUUGUCUACAAGAUUCGUUUCGUCUAUAGAUGGCGCUGUAUUUCCUAUUUAUUAAAUUUUGUUACCGUCCAUUAUUGAUAGCGAAUUCUCCUUUAUCUUUUUAUUUAAAAAUAAAUGCUUUCACAAAAUGUUUUUUUUUUAAUUUUUAGUUCCUCCUAGGUUAUAUAUAUGUGUCGUCUCUAUUCGUGACAACGUUCGAUAAAAUUAACAUGAGUAGUCAGCACGUCGGUUUAAAGGUCGACACUUCUGAGGUCCCGGGUUCGAUGGCCGGGCGGGUUAUUUGUCUCGGGUCUGGGUAUAUGGAUAUACCUUAUAUAUAUUGGAUAUACCUUCGUCGUUUCUGAUUCCAUUAUACAAGGUUUAUGAUUUUAGUGUUUGUUUGCAUUGAAAAAUUUCAAAACUACGAAUUUAAUAAUUCAUCCUUAUUAUAUAUCAUACAUAGGCUAUACUUACGCGGGCAAUGACACGGGGAAAUGGCUAGUUUAUUAUAAAAUAUUCAGUGGAACUGUCACUUAAGGUAGUGGUAUUUAAAUACGCUUAGGAUAUAGGUUUGCGA